AUGCCCUUUUUGGAUCUCUCUCCUAAGCAGGAGCUGAAGAUGAUUCAAGCACACAGAAGAGACAUGAUAAUUCUCAUCCAGGAGGACGAUUCCUGUGAUCGUGCACUGAUCUACGCCUACUGUGUCUGGGACAUCCAUUAUGACAAUGUGAUCAAGAAGGUCAGUGAGCUACCUGAUGGUAAGGGACGAAAAAACAAAUACAUCGUGCUGGAGGAACAACUACAACAGGUCAUGAGAACUGGAGGGUUGUACCCCAGCUACCUGGCCUACAAAGACCGUUUGAGCGACAAGAAACUUGAUAUCUGUAGCGAUGGAGGCCUUUCAGCUUCUCUAGAGGCAGCGAUAAGCUCCUCUAGGAACGUAAUCAAAGAAUUACUGGCAAACACCGAGACGGGGAGACUGGACGGGUUACACAACCUGGCAUGGAGAGCCGCGAAUAUCGAACCACGACUUGUUACUAUUUCUCUUCAUGCCACCUAUCUGCAGCCUCUGUCCCUCACCGUGCCAACAGAUACCACAAUCCACUCGCUUUGCCGGACUUGGUACGAAGAACGCUUUAUUAAUCGACACACAAAGGUGUUUGUUAUUUACAACUGACAAAUUCUGCAUUACAACACGACAACGACCAUCAAGGAGGCUGGGUUAAAGGGUGGAGAUGUCUUGCAUACGUGGGUCAAUUGGCAUGCUUCUUAGAACUCGGACUGGUUCCCAACAAGAUGCAGCCAACUGGCUUGUACGGGAUAGGGAGGCAGGGAACCCAUCGUCUGCUAUUAUCUUAUACCAAUG